AUGCAAUGGUUCAGUGUGGUCAUUGUCAUGGGCAUCACCUCAUACUUUAUCCAUGCCGGAUCUCAUAAUAUGCAACUCAUAUACGAGGAGGUCAUUACCUUCAAAGCUGUUUUGUCGUCUGUCCUCUUCCUCCCUGCCUUCUUCUCACCUUUUUUGCCCAACAAGCUCAGCAAAGGCGUCUUGAUGAUUGAUAUCAUCUUCUCAUACCUCUGGUUGACCGCAUUUAUUUUUGCUGCUCAAGACUACAGCCGAAAUUCAUGCUACUUGAGCUCUCCUCCUGGGUUCUCUUGUCGCAAAAAGUACGCCAACCAGGCCUUUAUCUUCCUAGCCUUUAUUUUCACCUUUUUUGGGAUGUUUGUCGAAGUAGCCGGUCUGUGGGCUUAUCGCAGGGAAAACUCACACAGGGGCACCGUUCAUGAGAAGCGUGCUCCUCAUACCCCAUUGGAUGGUGCCGCGGAGACUAAUGCUCCCACUGGUACUGUCUAA